CGUGUGACGUGAGCUGUCUGAAGUUGAAAACACUGUUCAUGUUAUUGCUCCUACUCUGAAACGUGCGUGGCGUGCUGCUCAGCGAACGCGAAAAACAAACAAACAUUUUGUACACAUUUCUUGGCUUUGAAUUAAACACGAGAUUUCUUUCGCGUAUCGCCUUGUUUUCAUCGAAGACAGUUUAGCCUACCAGCUUUGCUGCUAGAUUUUAAGUGACAACAGAGCCUUUAAGGCUUAGGGGGACGGUAACGUAAACAAGCGAGUAAUGGCGACUGAGAUUGAAGCAUGGACUACUGGCCCACAAAACGAUGGUGUGUUCUCAUUUGAGCAAGAACUGAAUGAGGAUGGGCCCUAUGGCAGUGAGGAUCUGAACGAGUUGGAGGUGAAUGGCAACUGGACCCCUCAGGAAAAGGCUUUGCAUGAAGCCCGAUUGAAAGCCAAGGCUAAGCGCAGGCUGCGUAAAUCAUCCUCUCGAGACUCCACCCGGGAAUCGCUGUCAGAGUCUGUUUCAGGAGAGCCGUCUACCGAUCCACACAGCCCCAAGGGCAAAAAUGCUGUGAAUGACCGAAAGUCACGGACAGGGAAAGGUCGAGGACUACCUAAAAAAGGUGGAGCCGGAGGUAAAGGUGUGUGGGGGGCAGCGGGUAUGGUGUAUGAGGUGGAGGAGCCCGACUCUAAGGACCCUAAUUAUGAUGAAUUUGCACAGGGAGACACUGUUUAUGCCACAGUAGUACCAGAGCUGGAUGAGAAAGAACUUGAGAAGACCAUCAACCCCAUUGUGCAAGAGUACUUUGAGCAUGGAGACACCAAAGAGGUGGAGAUGCUGCUGAAAGAGUUGAAUCUGGGCCAUCACAGAUACGAAUUCUCCUCUCUGGCUGUUUCUCUGUCUUUGGAAGGCAAAGCUAGCCAUAGGGAGCUCACAUCACGGCUUCUCUCAGACCUGUCUGGCAACUUGCUGUCUGAGGAUGACAUGAAGCGUGCUUUUGACAAAAUACUGAAGGAGCUGCCAGACCUCAUAUUGGAUACACCAGAGGCCCCACAGAUGCUUGGGCAGUUCAUUGCACGAGCCAUUGCUGACCAUGCCUUACCCAUGAGUUUCCUCGACUGUUACAAAGGCAAGGUGGACUGUGACCAUGCCAGAGCUGCACUGGACAGAGCAUCUGUUCUGCUCUCCAUGAAGAGUGGAAUCAUGCGGCUUGAUAACGUGUGGGGGGUUGGUGGCGGCCAGAGGCCUGUCAAACAUCUCAUCAAAGAGAUGAACCUGUUGUUAAAGGAGUACCUGGUGUCAGGUGAGCUCUCUGAGGCUGAGCACUGUCUGCGAGACCUAGAAGUGCCACACUUCCAUCAUGAGCUGGUCUACGAGGCUGUGAUUAUGGUGCUGGAGUCUACAGGUAACACAGCAUUGCAGAUGAUGGUCAAACUCCUCAAGGCUUUCUGGCAAACUGGCCUAAUUACACUGGACCAAAUGAACAGGGGCUUUCAGCGUGUAUAUGAUGAGCUGCCUGAGAUCAGCCUGGAUGUACCUCAUGCACACACCAUUAUGGAAACCUUUGUAGACCUUUGUUUCCAGGAGUCGGUCAUCACUAAACAGCUGAGAGAUUCCUGUCCAACCAGCAGAGGGCGCAAGCGCUUUGUGAGUGAAGGUGAUGGAGGAAUCGUGAAAAGCUAGAAGACUUGAGAGCUCUGACAGGCCCCUAAUGCCCCGCAGACUGGCAUCUCCUGCCACUUUCCUGGUUACUGGCUAGUACUCAGAAAUAUUCAGCCUCAGAAAAGUUAUCAACAAGUAGAGUGACAGUUGAGAAAUGCUGUUCUCUCCUCUAUUACGACUUUGCUUCAUUUAUGUAUGUGUGUUUGUGCAGCAGAAGUGCUGCAGUAAAAGAAAGAAGUGAACGGAAAUCAGCAUUGGCUUUUGAUAGCCAUAAAAUAUAGUUUGGGUUGAGGGAUUCAUUUUGCUUUGUUUUUUCAGCUUAAUUGCUUUGUUUUUUCUUUAAGUGUUCACUUGUUUGUGUUCACAGUGGUCUCUCAAUGUCUUUUUUUUCAUGCAGUGUAAUGCAUAAAAUAUGAAUCACUCAAAAAAUGAAAGUAUUAAAAGAGUUGUAUUAUUGAAAUGAAGUGCUUAAUCAUAAAUUGUUGGGCCAAAAUACAUUUUAUGUGAUUGGAGUCAAUUCUUUUUGUUUUCAUUUUAUUGCAUGCUCAGUGGCAAAUUUGUCCUUUCUUUCAAAUUAUUAAUAGUUAUGUAUAAACAACUCAUAUCCGUGUUUAUAGAUGUCUCAAAGUAACAGUUUUUUGGGGGGUUAACUGUGACUUUUGUCUGGUUAUUGAUUAUUAAUUUGUGAUUUUCUCAGUGCUUAUUCCUGAUUUAUCUUAAAUGCGUGUCAAAAUGUUUCUGGAUAGUUCUGGUUCACACAUCUAGAGAACUUUUUGUAUGCUUUAUCUGCCAAAGAAUGGAGGAGAGUGCAUCACCUCAAGCUCAGGCUGACAACUGGGAGAAUGCUGUCUGAGAAUGGUUAUUUCCCAUUUUCAUAGCAGGCUUGUUUUGUACCCUCUCUGUUUGUUGGUGCACAUCACAACAAUCAUUUUAUCAAACUUUGUGUUUCAGUUGACAACAAAAUCAGUUCCGUUGUGUAGGUAGCUACACUUUACAGUAUAGCUAACACUGAUUUGAAGUGGUAAGCUUAAUUUUAGCAAAUGCCACUGGUUCAGUAAAUGCUCCUUGUAUCAACAAUGAAAAACAACAUCUAUAUUCAACCAAAAAAUAUUUUUUACAUCGGAUCUGUUACUUCACGGGGACACUUUUUCAAGGAUUUUUCCCCAACCGUUUCAGACUCUAGCAUUGAAAAGACAUUUUGACACCAAUUAUU